AAUUAAAAAUUGAGAAUUUGGGUUUUAAAGUCUUGAGGACGAAAAAAAUUAGGAGUUGGCAACUUAAAGGGUGAGGCUCUUGAUCGUUCAUCACACAUCUGGCUGCCCACGCCCAGCAACAGCAUCAGCAUCUCUCUUUUUCAUUCGUUUCAUUACAAUUCAUUUUUCUUUUCUUUUUUCUUGUAAUUUGUAAAACCCUUUUUCAUUUUUGUUCUUCCUCCUUUGCAUCAUCGCCUAUUUGUCGCCUUCUUUCAAAAAUUCAAAGACCUUUUCACCGCUCCGCUCCGCUCCGCUCCCCUCCCCUCCCCUUGUUUGAUUAAUCCAUUUUUGCUUUCUGGGGUUACGAUUUUUAUGUCUAUUCGUUCAUAAGUUGGCGAUUCAAGUCGAUAUUUGAAGGCAAACAGAUAUUAUCAUCUUAAAUGGAGAAUAUUAUGAUGGUUGAUGAUGCUUUGGGAGACUGUUCGGAUAUGGAAGUUGAUGAUAUAAGGUGUGACAAUAUUGCAGAGAAAGAUGUUAGUGAUGAAGAAAUCGAUGCAGAGGAUUUGGAGAGGCGUAUGUGGAAGGAUAGGAUCAAGCUUAAAAGGAUUAAGGAAAGAGAAAAGAUUGCUGCACAACAAGCUGCGGAGAAGCAGAAACCAAAGCAGACGUCUGACCAGGCUCGAAGGAAGAAGAUGUCUAGAGCUCAAGAUGGGAUUCUUAAAUAUAUGUUGAAACUGAUGGAAGUAUGCAAAGCUCGGGGAUUCGUAUAUGGCAUUAUACCUGAAAAGGGGAAACCAGUUAGUGGUGCUUCUGAUAACAUUCGAGCUUGGUGGAAGGAAAAAGUUAAAUUUGACAAGAAUGGACCGGCUGCUAUAGCCAAGUAUGAAGCAGAAUGUCUUGCCAAAGGAGAGGCAGAUGGAAAUGGAAAUGGUAAUUCCCAGAGCGUUCUUCAAGACCUUCAGGAUGCAACACUUGGGUCUCUUUUGUCUUCUUUGAUGCAACAUUGUGAUCCCCCUCAGCGGAAGUAUCCUUUAGAAAAAGGGGUUCCUCCACCCUGGUGGCCCUCUGGGAAUGAAGAUUGGUGGGUAAAACUUGGGCUAUCCCCGGGCAAUAGUCCUCCUUAUAAGAAGCCACAUGAUUUGAAGAAGAUGUGGAAAGUAGGUGUCUUAACAGCUGUAAUAAAGCAUAUGUCACCCGACAUUGCAAAGAUAAGGAGACAUGUACGGCAGUCAAAGUGCUUACAAGACAAAAUGACAGCAAAAGAGAGUGCAAUUUGGUUGGGAGUUUUAAGCCGAGAGGAAUCUCUAAUCCGACAACCAAGUAGUGAUAAUGGAGCUUCUGGAAUAACGGAGACACCAGUAGGUGGUCGUGGAGAAAAACAAGCUGCAGCAAGUAGUGAAAGUGACUAUGAUGUUGAUCUUGCUGAUGAUGGUGUCGGGUCAGUUUCUUCUAAAGAGGAUAAGAGGACUCGAUCGGUGGAGGUGGAGCCAUCCAGUAAUCUACGCAAUAAUUCUCAACCUGCUGAAGAAAAGGAGCAAGGUGAAAAACAGAGAAAAAGGCAUCGUGGUGGCAGGAUAAAGCCUGCCAACCGAACACUGGCUCCCUCUCAGAACGCAGAAGAACCAAGUGUCGAACCAAGAAAUACUCAGCUCGAUAUUAACCAUUCUAAUGUACCGCUAGAUAGAUUUGAAAUUCCAGGAAACCAACAACAACAGGAUAUUGCCACAGCUUUGAGGCCACUGGAGAAAGACUUGGAUGUCCAGUCAGAAGUACCGGCUCCCCAGUUGUUCAACAUGUUCUCUGCACCAUCGUCCGAUAAUAUCAAUAUAAUUUCCACUCAGAGCAUGUUUGUUGAUGGAAGGCCUUUGUUGUAUCCUGUUAUGCAGAAUUCUGAGAUGCGACACGAAAAUGCUUACAAUAUUUAUAACCCGUCUGUGGAGUAUAGAUCCAAUUUUGAUGUGCAGCAUUCUCAAUUUGUAAAUGAGCCACAAAUGAGAUUGGAGGAAGGAGGAGUACAUAUUCCAACACAACAUAGAAACAAUGAGACGAUAGGAGGAGAAUUCAACUAUGUAAAAGAAACGUUCAAUGCCGAACAAGAUAGGCCUGUUGAUCCACAAUUUGGAUCACCAAUCAACAGUCUAUCAUUAGAUUAUGGGGCAUUUAACAGUCCGUUCCAUCUUGGAAUCGAUGGUGCAAGCUCAUUCGAUGACUUUUUGGUUGACGAUGAUUUGAUCCAAUACUUCGGAGCAUAAGUUUGCUGAUUCUGUACAUUCUGAGCCUUAGAUUGUACCAAAUCCCUCCUUGUAAUGUGCCAGUUUUUCCUGUUGUAAUUUUCUUCUGUCAAAAGAAAUUCUGUUUAAUUGAUGUUUCAUUACUAAUAUAAUUCUAUGUCCAGGGAUUGACUGCAAGAAUGCAGCUCACCGAAAUUCAUGCUUGAUGGGGUUCUUUUCCUCAAUCAGCUGGGAACCUUCCUCUUUGUUCUUCUCUAACAUUGUCAAGAUUGUAGGUUAUAUGAAACUUGAUGCAAUGGACAUUUUCAUUGAGAAAAGGCGUCAAAAUUUAUUUGAA